UUAGAUUUAAGAGACAGUAUAGGGAAAGACUGCAACAUAACAGUUUUUUACAGUACCAACUUUCUAAUAUUAAAAAAAAAAUUCUAAUAUUAGCAAUUUUCUCUAAAUAUAUUAUUUUUUGUAAAAUCAUUUCAAUCCAUUUAUAUAUUUAUAUAUUUAUUCAUUUAAACUCUAGAAGCUGAAUUUUACUAUAGUGCAUUUUAUAAUUAAAAAUACUACCGAAUUUAAAUUUUUAAAGUUUUUCGAUUUUCGAAAGAUAUAUAAUUCAAAAUGCUCUACAAUUUUAAGAAUUGAAAAUUGAACUUCUAUUAUUAGUAAAUUUUUCUUCUUUUUAGUAGUUAAAGGAAGAUAAAAAAAAAUCAAUUUCCAAAUUCAUAAUUAUGCAGAUGUAAGGCUAUAUAGCAUAAAUAAAAAUAAAACUAUAAUUCCGGUUUAAUCAGCUUCGAUCAAACAGCUUUCACCGGAGGCUUUUAGUAGAUUUAGUAAUGGGCUCAUUAGAAGGCCAAGCUUCAAUAUAGAAAAGCCCAUCAAAAGGGAGAUAUUUCUCUCUCACACAAAAAAUUCAAAAAAUAAAAGAGAGCUCAGAUCAUACCGCCACUAUAAGAAAAAACGCAGAGAAAACUUGCUUCAGAAGUUCAAAAUCGAAGAUGACUGAGUUCCCUUCUUCGAUCGAGAUAGAAGUCGCGUCGUCUCUCCUCCUCCUCCUCUCCUCCGAUCCAAUCGUCUUCUCUUCACCAAGUAGUCACAGAUCUGGAUCUGAGGAGGAGAAUCGCUCGCUGUGUGGCGAAAUCCAUGGUCAAGUAAGCAUGAGCUUGGUGUCUAAGAGAUCGUGCGAUUCGGCUAUCUCCAACAGUGGCUCGUCGUAUCGGAAGCGCUCUGAGGACGACUUCAUGAACUUCAAGAUUGCUAGAAAACGCCGCACGAAUGUGGUUUACAGCUCUGUUGAUUCCAAGUUGGUAACUCAUUCGAAGAAUCUAGAGAUUGAUGAUCUCUCCAAGGAGGAGUCUUGCUUGUCUACAGGCUCCAACGAGGUUUCAAGCACGGAGAGCAGGAUCAUAGCCGCGAGCUGUGAGAAACCACAUAGAGAUUCAAAGAAGAAAGAGAGUCACAGGUCGAGUUCCAUUAGACGUAAGGCUGGAAAGAUCUUGGAGUUUCUUGACACCAGCGCCUCUUCUGAAGUUAAGAUCCGUCAAGUGCUUGGAGAUAACGCAGAUACAAGCAAAGCUCUCAGAAUGCUGGUGAAGAUUGGUUAUGUGAAGAGGUCUGGAGCAGGAGGAAAGCAUCAGCCCUUUAUUUACAAGGUACAAAUCUGGAUAAUCACAAACUCAAAUGCAUAUAUAUAUAUAUAUAUAUGACUACCAUCUUCUAAUGAAGCUCUUCUCUGUUUUCUAUGUAGAUUGCAUGACGAAACUAAACUAGUGCUUGAGGCAAGUCAGACUUUAUCCUCCUCCUCCUCCUCCGAUCUUCUGUUUAUACACGGUAUGAGUUCAUCCUCUUGAUGCUUGGUUACUAUAUGAAAACUAUAAUGGACAUAUAUACAUAUAUUAUAUACAUAUAUAUGGUCUAAACGUAUGUAUAGAAUGCUUAAGCACUUACAUGAACUGAGAAGGGUGGCUUACAUUGCCUCUGCAUCAUUCCAUCUCAGUUCAUGAAACUUAAAAGAAUGUGCUUUCUUUCAUAGUCAUAAUAAUGUCUCCAUUGACAAUAUAUAAAACUACCGUCUUUGUU